AGGGAGUAGGCCACAUUGGAGUUGAGCUACUAAGCUCUACUAGACGAACAGGAAUGGGUAGCCAAAGCCUAUCUAUCGAGGACAUGACAGCUUAUGCUGUGGGGAAACUAGAAGGAGGAUGAUCAUCGAAACAAGUCGAAGCUCGGAUACGGAGGAAGGAUCGACCAGCAGAACAAUCAGAUCCUUCUACGAUGAUGAUGGAAAUGAUGAAGCAGAUAAUGAGCAGAAUGGAAGCGUUAGAGGGUCGAAAGGCUGCUACUAUGACACCACCUAGCCAGGAGCCAACAGCUCCCCAAAUCCCACCAACCACGUACAUAGAACGAUGCGCCAAGUUUCCUGACCCUGAGAAAUUUGAUAGUGACCGAGCCCAGUAUCCUACCUUUCGAUAUCAAGCAAGAGCUAAGCUUGAAGCUGACUACAGGGAUAUCUCUGAAAAGGCUCAGGUUGAUUAUAUCUUCCAGAGGUAUACGGGAGAUGUAGCAAGAGUCUUACUACCAUGGAUACUCAAUCAGGCUGCCCUAACCCUUCAAGGCCUAUGGGCUUUUAUAGAUCUCCAAUUUGACGAUCCACACCUCAAAAGCAAGGCCAUAGAUCAACUCCACGGGAUCCGCUAGGGCAGACGAUCUGUACGAGAAUAUCUGAUGGAAUUCAACCGACUAGUCCAAUUGACUGGAGAGACCUUUGGCGACACGAACAAAAAGAACCUCUUCAUAUGAGGGCUGAGUAUCGAACUCCAAAAGAGCACUAU